UGUUGUCGCUCGACAAUCGCUCUGAGGUUUCGGACUCACACUGCUCAUCCACAGAGCCAAUUCCCGGCCCGUAUAGCGAGGCUACUUUGCUUCAGCCAAAAUCCAAGAAAUUAACCCAUGUAAAUAAUGAAAAUGACAUUCUUUUCCAUACCUCAUCCCGGCCAGCUACGCCAAGCACAUCUCCGAUGUCAGCAGCACAUGUGGAGAAUCAUGAGCAUAGCAAUGAGUUCGCAGUACUCCGAGAAAUGUAUGAGAGCGAGCUCUACAUCCAACGCUGCAUUUCAGCAAGUCCAUAUCAAAUGGGCGCAGACGACAAGCCCAUUACCUUCCCAGUCAUCGCGCGAUCGAUUCUAUUCCCAAAAAGUAUCGAACCUCGUCUGGAAAACUUUCACGGCACUACAGUUUCUACACCGAGCUUUUGUGAUCUACUCGCACCUCCGACAGUCUCUGCUUCUCCACCCAUUGAACGGACCAUUUCAGAGGGACACGGCGACUACAAAUACCAAUUCAACAUCUUCUGACAAGAAGAACCUUCCAAGUUGGCCAUGCGUGACUUUGGCUUCAUCGCUACAUCUCAUUGCUCCCGAGGCGUCGAAGAAAGUCUGGCUGGGGUGAAACUAUGCAAUCUUAGAUCUCAUGAUACGUAACGUUGUCAAGUAGAUUGUCAGAUUUAUA